CAAUUCAACGGUCCAUUAUUCCUUUAUAAAUAUAUAAAAACACAUCAAAACCUUAAUGCUUCGUUGCUAAGACCGUUUCCAUCUUCCUUCUCAGAAGAUGCAAGUAAGCCCUCAACAAUUAAGUGCCAUGGAAGGGGUAAUACUUCCCUCAAGGCGAUCUCCUCCGGUUGGAGUCACCGUGGACGACAAUCCUGGUCGUCGCAGUUGUUAUAUGGCGUGGCCUAAUUCGUCUCCUAGACCCCGACCCAAGUGCACCUGCUCGAACCAUCCUGGCUCAACCCGUUGCAGCCGCCAUGGGUACAUGGUCCCUAGCCAGAAGCCAAGAAAGGGUUGUGCUAAUAAAGAGAUCCUGAGGAGGGCGUUGACACCGCCAAACCGGAGGCUGACUCCUAGAUGGUGGAAUUUCCGGCCGACCCCUAGCCGGCUCUCCAACAUGUCCACGGCUUAAAGUGCAGGUGUAGCUAUUUCUCUUUAAUUUGAUGAAACAGAGUAUGUAAAAAUCUUAAAAUUUGGGCUGAUAUUAAUGUAUAUUAUAAAGUCUAGACAUUGAUUUUGCAUGUACACUUUGAGAUCUAAUUUUUGCAAUUUGGUUUAAAUUUUUCUGAAAUUUCGAGAAAGUCAAUUUUUGUCAAUUA